CUUGAUGCAUAGUUUUUAUGUAGAUAUUUUUUUAUUUUAAGAAAAUACAUUAGGCUUUGUUUUACACUUUUUUUCUCUAUAGCGGAAAAAGAUCAAGAAGUUUUUUAUUUCGAAUACGUAAUGUGUGCUAUUAAAUAAAAUGCAUGUUAGGAAACGAAGCAUGUUUGUUUUCUUUUCCUAUGGGUUAGCCAUUAGUAUGCGCUGUGUGUAAAGAAAUUCUUUUUUUAGAAAGAACAGCUGAUAUAAACAAUUUUUUUGUGUGAAAAUGUUUUAUUAGAUAAGUUUUUAGAAUGGAGGAAUCGGAGUUGACCAGGAAAGCUAUUAAUGAAAUAUUAAAGGAUAUGAAUGUGUGUAAAAAGAAUGAGAUUAGCGUAACGGAGCGUAAGGUUAAACCUAAUAAGCGCUUUUUGGGUAGAACUUUAAAUUCCAUGAUCACGCACAAUAAAAGAGAAAGUGAUCGUACACAAAGGCAAUGCCAACGUAAAUUGCUUGAGCUCGAAGCGAAGCGUCGAAAAAUUCUUUGUGGAGAAAGUUACAGAAGUAAGACCAGAGAUGCACAUGAGGUCCUCAGCAAUAGCUGUGACGAAAAGCGACAACAACGAAAAAAGAAACAUAAGAAAAAGAGAAAAAAGAGACGUAAACGAUAUAGUUCUUCAGCAAGUACAAGUGAUAGCGAAGCUAAAGAAGAGAAAUUUUUAAAGCAAAAAUAUCAGAGUGUAAAUGAUCGCUCGGAGUACUACAAUGGAGAGAUAAAAGGCGAGCAAAACAUCGAUGGAUAUUAUGUCAGUCCUAAUUUUACCUACGCCACUUUGGCGUUCAAUCACCAUAUGAAUCGUUUGUGGAUACAUCAACAACUGGUAAAUGAGCAACUACUUGCAAAAAAAAAGCUGGUUGACAAUUCCGCUCCUAAUCUUCUUAUUGAUAUAACUUUAAGUUCUAGCUCAGAUACAAGUUUAAAUGUUAGUAUAAACUCAUCUUCUGCUGAAGAAGAUGAAAACGGUAUUAUAACAUUUUAUUUGUCGUCUGACGAAGAGAGUUUUAGUGAAAAAUUAAAGGACAUUGCUAAGAUGAAAAACGAAAAUAAACAAACAUACUUAUCGCUGAACUCUAAAACGUCGGUUCAAGCUACAGAGACACGGAUAAAUAGUGAUGUUAUGGUUUUAAGCAGUUCUUCAUCUAGCUCCUCAGGAUCAGAGAACGAAGGCGAAAUUAGGAAAACGGGCGAAGCCCCAGAAAAUCCAAAAUACAUUCAAAAUAAUUUUAACGCUUUAAUUGUCGAUUUAACACAAGAAUAAAUUGUACAAAAAAGGAGAAACUGGUAAUAAACAUAUAUUUUCUUUUGUUUAAAUCGAAAAAUAGCUGGCAUUUUCACAGUUGAAGUACAGUUCGCGUGAAUCGAAGAAUGAACUAAUUCUAACGUCGAGUGCGAGUAAUCAAGCGACUAUUAUUUACUAUAAUCAUUUCAUAUUAUUUUCUUUCAUCUUCAAAUUCAUUAUGGAAUUAAUAAUUUCG